AUGGCACAGAGGGUAUUUUAUCACUGCAACUACGAGAGUUCGUGGAGUGUCUUCUCGAUUCCCGGGAACAGGAUUUGUUGGAGCGUCAAACUCCAAUUGCUAACUGUCGAGGAGGCGACCCAGCACAAGUUCAGGAACUCGGAAUGGGGAUCCGACACAAGCGACCCCGUGAUCAAGGAAGUGAGGGACUUUCUGAUCCCUAUGGGCGGCACCUUAGGGGACUUAAUUGAUUCCUCCCCACGAGACACGAUUUCGCGUGUCUUCUUGGAGGACAAGUUGUUCAAGACGUGGAACCAUGGCCGAACUGUUCUCAUUGGCGAUGCUUGCCAUAAGCUCCUACCAAGCGUAGGCUUGGGUGCGGUGACAGCAAUGCAGGACGCUGUAGUUCUUGCGAACUACUUGUACGAAAUGAAAGGUCUCGCGUUCUCGGACAUCAGCGCAACACUGGACCAGUUUAAGAACGAGCGCUACAGCAAACUUGUCACAAGCUCUCUGCUGAGUGGUGGAUUGGGUGUAACUGACAUGCAGGAUGCUGUUGUCCUCGUGAACUGUUUGUACGAGAUGAUAGGUAUCGCACUAGCGGAUAUUCAGCAAAUAUUCGACAGUUUCCAUGAGGAGCGCUACUCUUGA